CUCGCUCCUCGCUCAGUAAUCGCCUCAUCGAUCGGGCUAGUCCGUUCGACGACGGGUGUGUACGUGGGUGCAAUAAAGAACAAGAAAAUCGCGCACAGAUUCCUUCCCUCCCUUGCCCUCCAUACCAGAAGCUCUCUCUGAUCCCACCCCCAAAGUGCGCUUGGAGCCUCUCCACCUCCAGGUGACGCUACUGGCUGCGCGUCCCUUUUUGUUUCUCUUUCUCCUAGCAACAAGCUAUAGAUCACCUAGCUAGUGAUGCCCCAGCCUUUUAACUAGCUUCGGACUCGAUCGUAUAGUAGCUGCGAGCUCGUCGGACAGUACAGCCUCGAUCAUGGGGACGACGUCGAGUCCGGACACCAUGGCGGCGGCGGCCGGCCCCAGCCUGUCCAUCACCGUCGAGAAGAACCCGCCGGAGGCGCGCUUGCUUCAGCUCGGCAUCAAGUCGUGGCCCAAAUGGGGGUGUCCGCCGGGGAAGUUCCCGCUCAAGUUCGACGCGAGGCUGACGUGCUACCUCCUCAAGGGCAGGGUGAGGGCCUCCGUGAAGGGCACCGGGAGGUGCGUCGAGUUCGGCGCCGGCGACCUCGUCGUCUUCCCCAAGGGCCUCAGCUGCACAUGGGACGUCGUCGUCGGCAUCGACAAGCACUACAACUUCGACUCCUAGUCAGUUAAACACCAAGCUAGACAUGCAUGCAUCAUUCAUGCUUCGCUCGAUCGUCUCUUCUUAAUUAAUUUGUAGCGUUACAUCUUUGUUAAUCAUCUCCUCACUUCACAGUUUAGUGACACGCUAAGCUUGCAGCAAGUGUUUUGUUCUUGGCAAAGUCGGUAAAUACUAAAUACCUCCAUUUGUGUAUGAUUUUUAUGCUCUUUUCUUUUGUAAAAUACGACGAUGCCACAUGGUGAUCUAGCUAGGUAGCAAGAUUUUGUGUCAGCCGUUAUUAGUUUUCAGAACUCACAUGAGUGGAAACAAACAAAAAUUCACUGGCUGCUAAGUUCAGAAGCCCUCA